CUCUCCCGCCGGCAAGCACGUUGGUCACUCUUCCUCUCCCGCUUUGACUUCACCCUCGUCCACAAACCGGGCAUUACCCACUGGCCCGAUGCUCUGUCCAGGCAUCCAGACCUGAAAGAGGGGGUAAAAUUUGACAACGAAAACCAGGUACUACUACAACCUCAAAUAUUC